AUGCCGGGGCCCAACUCGUCAACUUUUAUGAGGACGAGGACAGCAUCCCGAACAUCAUCGUUGUCCCAGACAGCAAGCCUGGAGAUGUCUUGGAAUGCGAGCCCGCCGAGUUUGCCUUCUUUACCGGGGCAAUGUGGGGGUACUCCACCAUUGUCUCGGCGCGCAGUUUUUGACAGACGCCUUUGUGCAGAGGUACAAACCCGCGACAUCCACGUACCGCCUGGCCGCCUGGAGGUCAAGGAGGCGCCUCCAGCGGAGCCUUCUCCGCCCGCCGUGGCCUGCGCAGCUGCCGCCCGUGCCCUGCGUAUCCGCUUUGCCCCCGACCGCCAGAACCCGGACAAGACCCCAGUGUACGCCUGUGUCGGUGGCAAGGUCAUCUCGACGGAGCGUAUUACCUGGCCGGGCUCUAUCGACAGGUUCGACCCCAUCGUCAUCCAGCCAAACGCCUUCAAGCGCAUGGCCGGUGACGUAUUGGGGUCCGUCCUCCACUUUUACAUGUUCCUUCUCGGGGGGUUGACUGCCUCGUGGUCCCUGAUCACCGUUGCGCUGCAGGUCUGCAGCUUUGUCGCAAGCCUGUGCUCAAAGCUCUGGAAAUACAUGGCGCACAACCCCAUCGACUGGCUCGCCGCCCUCCACCCUCCCCCCGCCUGGCACGAGCUUGCCCGCCGCUGGGCGGGUCACAACGACGUCUAUGACCAGGUAUCCUUCACCCAGCGGCGCUACUCGACACCAACGAACGCCUACUCCUCCCACUCGGACGCGAGCUCGUGGACGUGGAACCUCCAAGAUGAGAUUCAGGCGGUGUGCGGUGACCUGGUGGUGGUGCCGCACCCCACUCCCCCAGCAAGCACCUUUGUCCACACGCAAUCCAACUAUUACACAUCGACACUAGGCUCUGUCCCAUCGUUCACGUCACAUGUCGUCAACAUCCCCCAAAGCAUGCUCCCAGGCAUGGCCUUCAUUGACCCAGACUGGGAGCCCAACCCAGACCUCGUUCCAGCGCGCCCUGUGGGCUGGAGUCUGCAGAGAGGAGGGCGACCUCUGGUUCACUUUGCACGGAGCACCACCUACAACAGCUUUGCCGCCAUCGGCUCGAUCCUCAACGCGAGCUCCAAUCCCGCAGACAUUUCCACCCGCGGCGCCGCGCCUCCGCUGGACGACGGCGGCAGUCAACGGUACCCUUCACUUCCAUCCACGCCGACAUGCACUAUCCACACCCCGCUUCAUCGUGGAUGCUGCAAUUGCGUGGACACCGCUCCCGGCAUCGGUCUCAGACGCCUGUCGGUCGUCCCUCGCACGCCUUCCUCAGCCCCAUGUCUCGUCGGCUCCCUUUCCUCCACGUCAGUGUUCACUAUCCCCGACCCAGGUGCACCCACCGUCCAGUGGUUCCACACCAUGACCAACGGUGUCGGUCGCGUCGACAUCCCUGCCAACGGAACCCCAGCCCUUGACGACCUGGCGUACCCUCCCAACCUGUGCUUCACCGGCGUCGCUCCCCUCCACUCACAGUACACUGUUGCAUGGGCCCGAAUUGCCUUUCUCUCCUACCUCCAGGACUGGGCAUCAACGCGCGACAAGUGUGACCGCCGCAACCUCUCCCUCCAUCCUCUCCCACGAGACGUCGUCGAGGUCUUGCACCAGGUCUCCACAAGCUACUGGAAAUCGUACCUUGAGCGCGUCGACCAGGACCUCUCUGAAUCUGUCGCGGCCAUGACCAAUGCCCACAUCCAGCUUGGCGCCGAGGCGGCCAACACACUCCGUGCGCACUGGACGCGGAUGAGGUGUAAGCGCGCCGGAAUCGCGGCAGCCAGGGCCGUGAUCAAGGAAAGGGCACUCGCCUAUGGAUCCCCCUGGGCCCGCGACGGCAUGUACUUUGUGCUUGUCCUCCCUCAGCACGACAUUGAGAUCAUCGUUGACGACGGCUACGCGCCAUUACCCCGCAGGAGGAGCGAUGGGGCUACAAUGAUGUGGACCACGUCAACCGACGACGGGGACGCCUGCCAGUGGACCGUCUGCCCACCUUGCCUUGGCCCCCGCCGCGAUGGGCGCUAG